UCUCUCUCUAUCUCUCUCUCUGGCUCGCCUUCUCUAACAGAGCCUCUCCUUUAGACCGUUGAUCCUCAAUCUAUCUCCUCCCUGAAAGAAAGUUUCGGACUUUUUUUUUGUUUUUCUCUGGGAGCAAUGGGGAAGAAUCAAGCGUACAAGGCUAUGCAGAGAUCCAGGGUUGGCUCCGCCUCAGCUCAGCCCGAUGAGGUUGAAGAUGGAAUGGUGGAUGGUUCAUUUCAUACACCAGAGUGGCAUGCGGCUCGUUUGGCUAGUCUCAAGACUACCCACACCAUCACCUGGGAAGAGUACAAAAGUAAGCAAAAGGAAGAAGAGAUGAAAAAGGGAGAACUUGAAGCAGAUACCGAUAAACUGAUGCAUGAGUAUAGAGCUCAGCUAGAUGCAGAAAGGUCCUUGAAACUCUCCAAGGGGAGGAACUAUUCUAGUGAUAAGUCCCAUAAAGAUAAGAAAGACAGAGAUUCAAAGAAGAAAAGAAGCAAAAAGAGAAAGCAUUAUUCAUCCUCAGAGUCUUCAUCUAGUAGCGAUGAAGAAGAAUCUAGAAGAUCAAGAUCAAGUUCUAGAAGAUCAAGAUCAAGUUCUAGAAGAUCAAAGAAGGAGAAGAAGCACAAGUCCAGCAGAGACAAACACUCUAGCAAAACUAAAGACGAUGGCCCUGUACCACUCUCUAGAUUCUUUGGCAAUCUAAAGAGUUGACAAUUGACAUGAACAAACAUGCAAAAGAACCAUUGCAAGAGUAAUAGAUCUU